CCGUAUAAGCUCUUGCUAACAUGUGCACUUUCAGGGGUUUGCUUUGUGCCGUUGUCUCUGGAAAGGGCUCCGUCUCUGUGGCAAGACUCCUGCCUUCUGAAAAUGGCUUAUCCUUGCUGUUCUCUGAAAAACUCUGGUUGCAUAUUCCUUUGGUGUUGAUCUAGUCUUAUUUGAAUUUGGUCAGGUCUCGAUGACCUGCCCAAAGUUGUUACGCUACAGUAAAUCCUUAAAGCAGGUUUUAAAGGCAAGACUUUGUCCUCUCUUUUCCAUACCCUCAUUCCAGUGUUUUCUUUCUUGUCGCUGAAUCAAACCUGAAGGGGAUUCUCCUUCCAGAACUGACCACCUUGUUGGUGGACUUCAGGUGUGUCAUCUGUUUCUGGUUACUGUCACCCUGAAGCCAAGCCUCUCUUGAGCUCAGACUGGUACAGAAAAAGCAUAGAAUUCCACCCCCGCCUUUUUUUUUGUAACAAAAUCUCAAAAUACUUGAGGGUUUCUUUAAAAUGUGUUUAAUCCUUCUUGUCCGCUAAACUAGACCAAGCAAACAAGUCUGGUCAGUUGGUUUUUUGUGUGUUUUUUUUUUUUUUUCUUCUCCUGACCUAGACCAGUGUGGAUACCUGGUUGUGCUGCCGGGAUUCCCGGUUUUUCAGGGGAAUGCUGACACUAUGUUUGUACUCCGUCCCCACCCCCAAAAUAAUUGGCACAAGUUGUAAACAUUGGCUUGAGUGCUGCGUGAGAGCAUCCCUGAAGCCCAUUUUAGGAAGACGGUUGAACAUGGUGUGUCUGUUUGAGCAAGGUGAGGGCAGCUGAAGACAAGGCAGCCUCUGACUAAGCUGCCAAUUAAAAACUGGAUAUUCUGCUUCCCCCUAGAGAGGCGUGGAGGCUACUGGAAGUGUGCUUCCUCUUAAAAUAUCUGUGGGAUUUGUUUUCUUUGGAUGGGUGACAGAGUGUGGUGGUGACCUACCUGGGUUUUUUUUUUUUUUGUACUCAGACGAACAUUGUUUGCAAAUGUGCGUAUAAUGGGAGAGUUGAGUGUUGUGGUUUUGCAUUGUGCUUUUGUGGGUUCUCUCCAUUUCAGAGACUUCCUCAUGAGGGAAGGAGGAUUACUUCAGUCUUUGGCAAGCAGUUUCAGUUUUUAUGAAGUAGGUACCUGAUCCUGGCAGAGCUCAUCAUCCCUCUGCCCAGGAAUAAGCGAUGUGAACUGUAUUGGACAGGAUGUUGGCACGUGUGUGUUUUGUGACUCUGCACGUUUCUUUCCCCCUUUCCCCCCCUACCUGAGUUAAACUGGGAUUUUAGGCUUGUAGCAAGGCAGAGCCUCAACUACGUAUGCUUAAUAAGAUACGUGCCUGCCAGUCAAGAGGGUAGUAAACACGGGCUGGCAGCUGGUGCCUCAGCACCCUCCCUCGCUGCUUCUUGUCCCUUCUGCGUUUGUGCCAGCAGGACGUGGCACCCGGCACAGCCACCCAGGCUCCCGGAGGAGAGGCUGUCCCUGCCGUCCUGAGAGCGAGCAGGUCUCUGCGCAAGCUGCUGAGCGAGUCACGAGGCUGUUCAGGUGGUGCACUUGUGUUCUGGAGAGAGGCUGGUGCAGGUGAGCCGUGCUGGAAGCAGCUAAGUGCUAGGGCAGAGAGAGGCAUGUUAGAUGUGCUGAAAUAGCUCUGCUGGAGCAGACAGUUGGCUCGCUGGGUUUCAGCAGCGGUACUUGGCAAUGAGGUCUCUUUGGAGCCAAAUCUUGUCUAUGUGCGUGUCAUUUUGUCUCUUUUAAUACACUGCCCUGACUUGCUUGCUGCGAAGGGAGUAUGCAUCUGGAGAUCAAAGUUGCUCUUAACUUCAUCAUCUCAUACCUGUACAACAAGCUUCCUCGGAGGCGGGCAGACCUGUUUGGUGAGGAGCUAGAGCGCCUGCUGAAGAAGAAAUAUGAGGGUCACUGGUACCCAGAGAAGCCUCUGAAGGGAUCUGGGUAUCGCUGUGUUCAUAUAGGGGAGACAGUGGAUCCAGUGGUGGAGCUGGCGGCCAAGCGAAGCGGGCUGGCUGUGGAGGAUGUCCGUGCCAAUGUGCCGGAAGAGCUGAGUGUCUGGAUCGAUCCUUUUGAGGUUUCCUACCAGAUUGGCGAGAAGGGCUCUGUUAAGGUCCUCUACCUGGAUGACAGCGAGGGCUGCAGCGCGGUGGAGCUGGACAAAGAAAUCAAGAGCAGCUUCAACCCUGACGCCCAGGUGUUUGUCCCCAUCGGCAGUCAGGACAACUCGCUGUCAAACUCUCCGUCCCCCUCCUUCGGCCAGUCGCCUAGCCCUACCUUCAUCCCUCGCUCUGCCCAGCCCAUCACUUUCACCACUGCCACCUUUGCUGCCACAAAGUUCGGCUCUACCAAGAUGAAGAAGGGCGGAGGAGCUGGAGGAGGGGGCGGCGGAGCAGGGGCUGGGCAGCAGCCGAGGAUGGUCAGGUCUCCCACCACCAACCUGCUGAAGCACAAGGGCCUCUCCCUGUCUAUGCACUCUCUGAACUUCGUCGGCAGCACUGGGAGCCAAGCCCCGCAGUCGCAGCUCUCCCCCAACGCCAAGGAGUUCGUUUACAGCGGCGGGUCGCCGGGAGCCAGCAGUCUCUUCUUCGAUGGUGUUGCCAGUGAGAGCCAGGCCAGCAGCAUCCCGCCGGCAUCGCAGUUCAACACCGGCACGGGUGGUACCUUUGAUAUGGCUCAGGUCUUCGGUGGCAGCACCAACAGCCUCUUUUUGGAGAAGUCUCCCUUCGUGGAAGGACUCAGCUACAACCUGAAUGCCAUGCAGUAUCCCAGCCAGUCGUUCCAGCCUGUCGUCCUGGCCAACUGAACACAAGGAAGGAGAGUAUUUUGGGGCGGGGAGGGAGGGGGGGGAAACAAGAGCAAAACAAACAAUAAAGAGGGAGAGAAAAGAAAAAUAGAAAUAUACAGAAAAUAUUCAAAUCUUAUAAAUAUAGCUUCUUGGGAAAAGAGAAAGCCCAGUGUUGUUGCGCUGUGCUGGCAACGCUCCUGAAGCACUGACUUGUUUUUUAACUCAGUCCCUGUGCUUUUUUCCUACUCACUUUUUUACUCCUUAAAUGAGUCUUGGGAUUUCUUUCGGUUUGUGUUCCCCCUUCCCUCCCACCCCAACCCAGGACUGGUGCAACCAUAGGUCACAAUGCUCCUGAUGACCUGCACCCCCUCCCAGCGCUGGACACAGGGUCCUUCCACCAGGGUGUAGGGAUGUCUUCUUUGUACCACCUCGCUGGAGGCUGGAGGAGGCAUGGGGAGAGGAUGAGUCAGUAUCGGUGGAGAUACACACGUUGUUGUUGCGUGCUAGCCAGCAGUGGGUGGGUGAGCCUGCUUUUUCUGUUACGGCUCUGCGUGUAGACGGAGAGCAUCUACUGUGCCCACGGGCGUAGACCGUUGUGCUGUUGUUGCUUCAGGCCGGGCUGGUGUCAGCUGUUCUGUCUGUGUGCUGAAAAGCACUAACUCUUCUCCUUGACCUCCUCCCAGCACGUAGCAAGGAGGGCAGAGUGUUACUGUGAAAUGGCUUCUUACUGCUCCCUUCCUCAUCCGCACUUCCAGCUGCAGCUACAGGAGGACAGCACUUUGAACUGAGUGACUGUGAUUAUUGUCCCCUUCUGCAUGUGAGCGAGGGGGCCUUUCCAUGCCCUCUCAGGGCCGGCUGGCUGGUCCAGGUGACAACCCUGUGGUGUAGAAACACCACCCGCCUGCCCCUGCGGCUGGGGGAGGUGAGGUGGUGCUGAGCCAGGCGGCCCCACUUGGAUCCUGCCCCUGCUUCCCAGACAUUCUCCCCAGCAGCAGGGACCAGCAUCCACCUGGGGUGGUGUCUGAGAUCCGAGUUCUUGUUCCCUGCUGUGAAUUCAUCUCCUUGCCUCGGGGAGGGAAUCCUUUCUUUUUCAGUUAGAGAGGCAGCACUACUUUUGAGGAAGAGAAAGGGCUAUGUUGUUGGAGUGGUAGCAUAAGGGUUUGUGCUUUCAGCCAGGUACACACCUGACUAAAUCCCCUCCCCUGCCCUUCUGGAGGAGUGGGAGGAGGUGGCUGAUCUGGUGUGGAAGGGAAGCACCUAGCAUCAGCUCAUCAUUCCAGCCAGAUCACGUCAGCGUGGAUGGUGGCAGGCUUAGAGCAGAGCAGGUACAGGCACUCGGAAGGCGAGCGGCCGUCCCAACAUAUGAAUGUAUGGUGCCUCCCUGCCACAAGGCUGGGAUCUGGGAAUGCCCCUGCAGCUUUCCCUGGGACAACGUACUGCAGCUGGGCAGUAGUGGCAUUUCAGCUAGGUCGCUUGUGCAUUAGGGACUCCAAAACUCACCUUCAUGAGAAGCUGAAGGAGGGCUGCUUCUUGCCUAGGUUGGGUGGAGGCUCUCCAGGUGGGAAGGAGGUCUCCUUGGAGGCUGUCGUGGGAGUAUGUAAGCGUGCAAAGAGGAGAGAGGUGGAGAUGAUGAGACUCCAAUCUUUGAAGUUCUCAGUUUAAAUGAAAAAUAAGCUUUUUGCUGCCUUCCGAACUUGAGGUUUGGUUUUCUUUUAAUGAUGUCUCUGGAGCACCCUCUGAAACCCACUUCUCUUGUAUCUGUCAAACCAACAUGCUCUUUCCAGACAUCCCUGUUUCAGGGGAGAUGGACUUGAACUCCUGCUUUUCCUGCUCCCUUCCCUUGAGCUGAGAUGAAGCUACUCCAGCCCUCUUGCAGUUGUGUUGCCAAUGAGCCUUUGCAGAGGUCUGUCCUAGGGAGACUGCCACUGCCCGGAGCUCUUCAAGGAGAGUUUUCCAGCACACGCUUCCCCUCGCUGGGUGACUGGGGGAGGCACGGUCCGGACCUCAUGCCCAGCGUGGGUUCCUGAGCAGGCUGCUUGCCAUCGAGCUAUGACCGACACGGCGGGUGGGCGAGGAGAGUGGAGCCCAGGGAGCUUCCCCCAUACUGGCGCCCAUGGCCUCAACCAUGCAGGUUUCCAGACUAGGAUGAGUUCCUGAAGAAUGGCCGAGCUGUUGGGUUUCCCUUGUUUUCUUUUUUCUUUUUUUUUUUUUAAACACCCUCCCCCCACCCCCUUAGGGACGUUACCACUGCCACCCCCUACUUCUCCCUAGGAGUGUGCUACUGAGUGCCAGCCCACUUGCCACACUGGACCGAGGGGCGCUCAGCCCGCCAUGGCGGGACCCGGGUCCAGUUGUCCCCCCCCCCAACUGUCCCCACAUCUGGCAAAGCCACCUGUGAGCAGCGUGCUCUCCUCCAGCACAGGGAGAGGUGGGGAUGCCCCCUGGCCACCUGCUUGUGUGUGUGUGAAGCUUUGAUGCCGCUUUGCCCUGCCACACGUAUUAUACCUGCUUUAAAAAUUAGUGGUGUGAGCGGAAGGAGGAAAAGAGGAGGGACCAACCUCUUUGUAUCUUAAAAGGAAAAAAGCGUGCUUCAGAAACGUUCCUCCAGUGUCAGGCAGCAAUGGAAACUAACGGCCUUUUCGGGUCUUUUCUAGUCUUGGAUGUAGGCGUUCAGCUUCAAUUUUAUUUUUUAAAAACCUGCACUAAUUUACCUGGUUUCUUAGGAAGAGAAGAGAGAAUUUUUUUUUUAACUUUUAUUUUUUAUGGGUUUGUGUUCUUUUUGUUGAUGUCUGUUUGUAUUGAAUAAUUUGCUACAUUUGUAAAAUGUAAGAGGUAUAUAUAAUAUAUGUAUAUUUCUAACGUAAAAAAAAAACUGUAAUUUUUUUCUUUUCAAGAUUUUUUCUUAAAAAGAGGAGAGAAAAAAUAUUUUUUCAGGAAAAAAACUUUAAACAAAAAAAGAAGAGGUGAAGAUUCCUUUCUCCCUACUCAGCCUCCCUCCUUUCCCUCCCGCCCCUCUCCGAGGAGUGAAUCGACAGUUGCCUUGUGGGAGAGAAGGAGUGAAAGAGGACAGAAGUCUGUAUGUCUCCGAGCGGAGGGUUACUGUGUGUGCUCUGCUUGGGUUUCUUUCCAAGAAGGGGGCUACUGAGAGGGGGAACCAAGGGGGUUGCUGUCUUUUUUUUUUUUUUUGGUCUUUUUUUUUUUUUUUCUUAUUUAGCGAAGGAGGAAUACAAUCAGAGUUUUGUAUUCAGAAUGUUGUGCAAUAUUUUGGAACGGGACAUUGGUGUGUCUAGAGAUUUAGUUAAAAACAACAAAAAAAAAACAAACAAAAAAAAAACAAAAAAAAAAGAACAAAAAGGUUGAUCAAAUCUGUACAGUUUCUAUUGUUCCAGAUUUUUUUAAGUUUGUAUUAAAAGCAUGAUAUAAUAA